AUGAAUCUGGUGUCACAAACAGUCGAUGAGAUGAAAGCGUAUACAACGGACCAAAUGAGCGGACGAAACAAUCCUGCCUUUCAUGAUGAUAGUGAGGACAUUAUUGUCGAAGAUUUACCGCCGGCUUUUCCUAAAUACAAGCGGUCCAUAGUUUUGCCCUCAUUUCUCAAGGGUUUGGGUCUCAAUAAGAGUAAUGAAAUCUCACUCAUUGAACAGUCAUCAGAGAUACCGCCCCAGAGUCCCAAAGAAGUGGCGCCCAAAAUGGACUUUUAUGUCAAUGAAAUGAUAAAAGAGAGGCGGCCAGACAUCGAGGACAUUCAUCUGCCCCGUGAACUUAGGUCUAAGUUUAAGAAAAAAGGAGAAGAUAUUGAAGAUAAUAAUGAAAGUGAGAGUAAUCCGAGUUCAAAGUUUGGAUGGAUUGAUGGCGUAUAUAUCCGAACAAUGAUGAAUCUCUUCGGGGUUAUGCUAUUUCUAAGGAUGGGUUGGAUGGCCGGACAGGCGGGAGUCAUUUUGGCAUUGGUUCAGAUACUGGUGGCCACAAUCAUAACAGUGAUCACCACAACAUCAAUGAUAGCCCUUUGCACUAAUGGAGACAUCGGUGGCGGAGGAAUAUAUUCAAUGAUAUCGCGAACGGUUGGUCACGAGGCCGGAGGUGUUAUAGGCUUUCUGUUUACUUUUACAAACGCGGCAUUUGUUGGCCUCAAUGUCUUGGGAACCGCUGAGAGUAUAACAGACAUUCUCAACGUAUUUGGAAAAGGCAUUUGUGAAGUGCCUUCCGGUUUAAAUGAUAUGCGAAUUUUAGGCUUCAUAUGUUUGAUCCUAACGGCGGCCAUUCCUCUCAUCAGUUUGCAGUUUGAGGCGAAGACAAUGAUGUUCUUCUUCCUGACACUCGUUAUAUCGCUCACCGAUUACUUCGUCGGAGCACUCAUUCCUCCCACAGAGAAACAACAGGGAAUGGGAGUCGCGUAUUGGCAUAAGUAUGUCAUUGUUCCCAAUCUGUUGCCCGUGUGGGAAGGCGCCACCUUCUUCAAUGUCUUCAGCGUAUUCUUCCCGUCAGUGACGGGUAUAUUCACGGGCGCGAGUAUGUCGGCCGACCUCAAAGAACCGGCCUCUGCUAUAACAAAGGGAACAUUUCUGGCCAUUGGCACCACAUCCACGACAUACGCUCUGAUUGUUAUAUUCUUGGGCUUUACUGUUGUCCGCUAUGCGGAUGGAGAUCCGAGUCAAAUAAUCUUUAACAACCAGACCUGUACGGCGCCCAACGGAUGUGAAUUCGGCCUCAUUAACGACUACCAAACAAUGGCCAAAUCUGGGGCUUUGUAUCACACGGGUAUAGCAGUUGAUCCCCUAAUAUACGCCGGAAUAUUUGCCGCAACCCUGUCCUCAGCGUUGGGCUGUUAUAUGGCUGCGCCCAGAAUUUUUCAGGCCUUUUGUGACGACCAUUUAGUGCCAGUAAUUGGAUGGUUUGGCAAAGGCUACGGUCCGGCCCGAGACCCCCGACACGGAUAUAUUGUCACGUUUAUAAUUGGGGGCAUUUUUGUGGCAAUUGGUAGCGUUGAUACGGCGAGCACCUGGAUCUCUAACUUUUAUUUAGGCGCCUUCUUUAUGGUGAACUUUGCUUUGUUUCACGUCUCGUUAGUCAACCCAAUCAGCUUUAGACCAAGUUUUAAGUUUUACAACAAAUGGAUUAGCCUUAUAAUUGGCCUCUUUUGCAUUUGCCUCAUGUAUUUAUUCGAUCCUAUAUCAGCCUCUGUGGUAAUAGGUCUCACUAUUAUCAUCUAUCUGCUUAUGCUAUUUGUGGAUCCAGCAAAGGCAAAUUGGGGCACAGCGAACGAUGCGUGUUGUUUUGAUUGCGCCCGUAGUAUAACAUACCGGUUAAAUGUGCAAGAGCAUCACAUCAAAAACUACAGGCCUAUAAUACUGGCUCUGAGCGGGAAUCCCAAGAAUCGUCAGGUGUUGGUAGAUAUGGCCGAUAGGAUGACCAAAAAGCACGGAAUGCUAUUCCUGUCGCACAUAACUGAAGGCCCGCUAAGCUAUAAGACCAGAGAGCGUGUGAUCGACGGCCAGAAAGCGUGGAUUAAGAGCGAAAAGAUUAACGCUUUCUAUAAACUCACCAGAGAGCGUGUGAUCGACGGCCAGAAAGCGUGGAUUAAGAGCGAAAAGAUUAACGCUUUCUAUAAACUCGUUGAAUCGGAUUCACUGAGUGAUGGCCUCCGAAGUCAACUCCACUCGACGGGCGUCGGAAAGUUUGCGCCAAAUAUAGUGAUGAUUGGCUAUAAAUCCAAUUGGAAAACGUGCAAAGAAGACGAUUUACGCGAUUAUUACGACACCAUUCAUAACGUAUUGGAAUCGCAUUACUCUCUCAUUAUAUUACGGGUGAAGGAAGGCAUUGAUUUCUCCGAUUACUUCGUCGCCGCCUUUAAUAACUACGUUACUGUUAACGACACCGAAAAUGUUUUGAAUGCGAGCGAUAUAUACUCCUUGUCCCGAGAUAUUGACGCUCAGACCGCUGGCAAUAAUACGCGGACAAGUUUGACACACAUAGAGUGCCAACAGUUGUCCAAUCGAUUCAAAUACAAGCAAAGGCCCGGAUUUGUGGACGUCUGGUGGCUGAGCGAUGACGGAGGGCUCACUCUUCUCAUACCCUAUAUAUUGAAAAAUGAAAAACUUUGGCGAAAGUGUAAAUUAAGGGUAUUUAGUGUCACGGAUGGCACUGAAGACACGAAUCAACUAAAAGACGAUUUAUGUGAAUUGUUGAACAAGUUUCGUAUCCCAUUCGCUGACGUAUACGCCCUGUCCUAUGAAAACGUUGAUCCAUCCGUUGAAACUAAAGCAAAGUUUGAUUCAAUUUUGGAGAACUCCAUGACUAAUGAGUUAAUGCCUAUUAUCAAGACAUCCGCUAAAGAACUUAUCUCUUUCAAAGAGCAGACAAUAAAAACACUGAAACUGAGGGAAAUGUUAGUAAAGUACUCGAAAACUUCGACAAUGAUUGCACUGACACUACCCAUACCUCGUAAAUACAAGUGUUCGGCCACUCUAUACAUGUGUUGGCUGGAAGUGCUUACUUAUGAUAUGCCACCCUUAUUAAUGAUCAGGGGCAAUCACGAAUCGGUGCUCACAUUUUAUUGCUAAGUUGGCACACAAAUUAUCGCAUUAUUUAUUACAUCGUUAUUAAUAUUCAUUUAAUACUUAUAUUGUGUGAUGAUUGUUAACAAUCAAAUUUUACGAUAUAUUGGUUUAUAGACACACUUCUAUCAUAAAUUACCAAACGUUUUAUUGAUUAAUAAUUAUUUUUAUUUAAUUCAUAUGUAUAUUAAUUAUGUUUUAAUUAGC